GCUCUACUUAGUGACAGUAGCAUCAUUGCCAACCACGGACUCCCUACAACUCAAGGCUCCAAUUCGCAGACCAGCAAUUCUCAACCAAUGUGACACGCUCGAGAGUUGGAAGAGCCACGUGAAGCAUCAUUUCUUUUAUUAUUAUUGCCUUCGUUCAUGUUCCUUUUUGACUCCCUGAGACCAGCCUGCCGUCCAACUUAAGCAAGCUACGGACCCUUCUGUCUUGCCUGCGCUACACUUCCCCCUCCCCCUCUUCAACCACUCGCACCUCUGGUCAUUCACAAUAACUAGAAUAACUAGUGCACAGUGCGCAUCCAACCACCCUUGACCUAUUGCUCGCCUCUUCCACCACGCCGGGAACCACUUUCUUCAAAUUACUGCUGCUACUCGCCUCAACACAACCGCUUACCUACAGGCUCCUUUACCUUCUCAAAACCACGUCUAUAUUCAUACUGCAGUUUCCUCAUCCUCUUCACUUCCUACGACAUUCCUGAAAGCGGCUGUCAUUCUACAAACUCCUUUCUCCCCCAGUUUCAUCAUCGCUCGACCCGUUCCCACACCUCAUUUCGAAAGCCUCACCUACGCAAAGUGGGGAAAUUAGCGUUUCUUCCGCCAACCCUCAACUGCUCCCGCACCCUCAUUCACCAGACCUGUUCCUUGACCAUCUCUCUCCUCGCCGUCUGCAAUCCCAUCCUGUCCUACACCUGUCGUCGCCGCCAUCGAAGCUUCCUCUCCUUGAGCCUCAAGCCCGUCCUACCAUCCACUCCUUCCAUCACCAUCAACACACGCUCCUUUCAUAGGCUCAUCGCAGUCUUCCUGCCCAACAACCACCAUCGCCAAAGUGGAUCCCACACGUCCUCGUCACUAGACAAUGUCGCAAAACAGGCCUGGAGGAGUAUUUUCGGGCUUGCGCAUGGGUGAGGUUGUACGUGAAAAAGUCCAGGAUGGACUGACCGGAGAAACACGAGAGAUGCAAUACACUCAAUGCAAAAUUGUUGGAAACGGGUCUUUUGGCGUCGUCUUCCAAACUAAGUUGUCCCCUAGUGGUGAAGACGCCGCCAUCAAACGGGUUCUUCAAGAUAAACGGUUCAAGAACCGCGAGUUGCAAAUCAUGCGAAUCGUCCGGCACCCAAAUAUCGUUGAGUUGAAAGCAUUCUACUACUCGAACGGAGAACGGAAGGACGAGGUGUACCUCAAUCUCGUUCUCGAAUAUGUCCCGGAAACCGUAUAUCGAGCCUCACGUUAUUUCAACAAGAUGAAGACUACGAUGCCCAUCUUAGAAGUCAAACUCUACAUCUAUCAACUCUUCCGAUCACUGGCCUACAUACAUUCACAGGGCAUUUGCCACCGAGACAUCAAGCCACAGAAUCUUCUGUUGGACCCCACCACUGGAGUGUUGAAGUUGUGUGAUUUCGGAAGUGCAAAGAUUUUGGUUGAGAAUGAGCCAAACGUCUCAUACAUUUGCUCACGAUACUACCGCGCACCCGAGUUGAUAUUCGGGGCGACCAACUACACCACUAAAAUUGAUGUAUGGUCGACUGGCUGUGUCAUGGCUGAGUUGAUGCUAGGCCAGCCACUAUUCCCUGGAGAGUCGGGUAUCGACCAACUUGUAGAGAUCAUCAAAGUCCUUGGAACACCCACUCGGGAUCAGAUUCGCACCAUGAAUCCAAACUAUAUGGAGCACAAAUUCCCCCAAAUCAAGCCUCAUCCGUUCAGUAAGGUGUUUCGGAAGGCAUCUCCCGACGCGAUCGAGCUCAUCUCGGCUCUGUUGGAGUACACGCCGACGCAACGGCUGUCUGCGAUUGAUGCCAUGUGCCAGCCUUUCUUUGACGAAUUGAGAGAUCCAAGUACACGUCUUCCAGAUUCUCGGCACGCCGGUGGUUCCUCCCGCGAGCUACCACCCUUGUUCGACUUCUCCCGACACGAACUUUCCAUUGCCCCACAACUCAACAGCAAACUCGUCCCUCCCCACGCCAAAAGCCUUCUCGCCUCCAAGGGCCUUGACUUGGACAAUUUCCAUCCUCUUAGCAAAGACGAAAUGAUGGCUCGACUAGAUUGAGCGUAAGGAUUUCGAGGGAAAUCUCAUGACCACGGCAGGAAGUGUCUUGACUAUCGAUACGUCUAUCAUCGCACACAUGUCGGUUGGCGUCUGACGCGCUACACGAUGAUACCGUGCAACCCGCAUUGUGCCAUCAAGUGUUUAGAUGGUUAUUUUAGCAUUCGAGAGAGGCAUGCGUGCUGCCAAAAGCCUUGGCUUAGUUUAUGCUUUCUCCGAAUGGGUGGGAAGCCGUGGAAAACCUUCAAAAUGGGGGAUCAAGUUGAGCGUUUACGAAAAUUGACCGACAACCGGUCUGGAAGGACUUUUGUACUCUGGUUGUCGAGUCACAGCCCAUGACUGCAGAUGGGUCGAGGACAAGACGUCGAAACUGCGCUUAGGCGAUUAGGCCUUCACUUGCCCUCAGAAUUUGCAUCAGACACGGACAGGGCAGUGUGACUAAUUGUGCCUGUGUGCGGUCUCCUUAUGAGAAAUCAUGCACUUCAUAAAUUUGGAUCCCCAAAUGUCCUUGGGUCUCUCUAAAGACCCAAGAUGGAUUAUAUUCAAUGCUUUUUGAAUUCUGGC